AGAGAGAGAGAGAGAGAGAGAGAGAGAGAGAGAGAGAGAGAGAGAGAGAGAGAGAGAGCACUGCUAAAAGGACCGAAGAUUAAAAGGUCAGACUUUGUGGUGUAAAGAUGGCCAGCGCUCCUUUACCUGUCACUAAUGUGGGACGUGGCUACACCGUCAUCACUCAAGUUCUUCCCUCAUCUACAGCAGAACAGAAUUCCACUCAGACACUCAGCCCACUGAGCAAGUUCCUGAAAGGAGAACCCAAAGCUCUGGGGACUGUCCAGAUAAUGAUAGGUUUGAUGACGUUAUUGUUCGGUAUCGUGUUGGCGACCGACCCUCAGACUGUACUGAUUUUCUCUGGAAUCGUCUUCUGGAGCCCGUUGUUUCCCAUCACCGCCGGCUCUCUGGCUGUUUCAGCGAGCAACAAGUUAAACUCCUGUGUGGUGAAGGCCACACUGACACUGAAUAUAUUUAGCACGCUAUCUGCAGGAAUAACCAUCAUGUUCCUGAUCAUAGAUAUGAUUUUUGGGAGUUAUGUAUACUGCGACUAUGAGAACAGUUACGGAUGCAACUACGCCGCAGAGGGCAUAAGGGAGGGAAUAACUGGAGUUCUGCUGGUUUUCACUCUGCUCCAGUUCUGCAUCUCUAUCGCACUUUCAGCCUUCGCCUGCAAAGCCAUCUGCACCAGUGAACCUACCGUGAACAUCAUCAACGUGGUUCAGAACCCUGAGAGUUUUGCUCCUAGUGCUCCUGUGAACAACCUUUUCCCACCUCAUCACACUCAGCAGGAGGUCAAUACAAUGCACGGCAUCGCCAUGGCUACAGCACCCGGGGGAAAUCCUCCGGUGUACAGCAAGAAAAUGUAACCAGACCACAGAGAAGGAAUAAAAAUAAACACUGUUCAUUUACACUUUAACUCAAUAACACAAUCCCACUGACCAGAAAACACACAAUCAAGGGUUCUGAAAACCUACAUCACACACACACAUCACAUACACACCCACUAUACACAUCACACACAUCACAUACACACACACACACACUAUACACAUCACACACAUUAGACACAAUUAUUGCUCCUUUUCUCUCAAAACUAUUUUGAGUUAAUUUUCUCACAUAAACAGCUGUGAAGAUUUAUUUUAGAAAUAAACUUUAUUUUUGUUCUCUAAUCUUAAACAAAAUAAAAAGAAUAAAUAUCUAACAUGA